AUGCCCAUUCCCAUCAUCGCCACUGGCCUCCGGGAGGGCAUUUCUGCCAUUCCAUAUGCCUGGACUGUUCUCCGCGUGGCGCCCUGGCUGCUGGCCCUCGCCGCGCUGAAGUACUACUUCGAAGGAGCCCGCAACACCUCCGAACGCAUGAUGCGCUCCAAAGUCAUAAUGGUCACAGGCGGCACAUCAGGAAUUGGAGCCGAAGUAGUCCGCGAGCUAGCCACACGGGGCGCGCAAGUCAUCCUCCUAACCCGCCAACCACCCUCAGACAUCUUCCUCUCCGAAUACAUCGACGACCUCCGCAACACAACCAACAACCAACUCAUCUACGCCGAACAAGUCGACCUCUCCUCUCUCCACUCAAUCCGCACCUUCGCCACAAAAUGGAUCGACAACAUCCCUCCCCGCCGACUCGACUCCAUCAUCCUGGCAGGCGGCACCGCCGAACCCUCCCACUCCCGUCCCCUCACCAUAGACGGCAUUGACCAAGAAUGGCAAACAAACUACCUUUCCAAUUUCCACCUCCUCAGCAUCCUGAGCCCGGCGCUGCGCGCUCAGCCCGCCCACCGCGACGUCCGCGUCAUCUUCACAUCAUGCUCCAGCUAUAUCGGCGCAGACUUCAGCUCACUGGAGACGAUGACGAGGGGAAAACAGAUUCAGACUUCCAAGCGCACGAAGACAAAGCCUGCUCUCUACGCUAGACCCAAGGGCGUCUACGGAUUGAGUAAACUGUGUCUUACUAUCUUUGCGCAUUCAUUCCAACGCCAUUUGAACGCCUACAAACGCCCUGACAGCCUGCCGCCUUGCACGCGGGUCAUUGUUGUCGACCCCGGCGUGACUCGCACACCGGGCAUGAGGCGGUGGUUGACGGGCGGAUCACUGUGGGGCCUUGCAAUCUAUCUGAUUACUUGGCCUUUGUGGUGGUUGAUUUUCAAGUCGCCGUCGCAGGGUGCGCAGAGUAUUCUGUAUGCAGCUAUGGAGGCGCAGUAUGGGCGUGGUGAGGGUGGUUGGUUGGUGAAGGAGUGUCGGGAGAUGGACUAUGCGCGAACGGAUGUUCGGAGUGAUGAGGCUGGUAAGAAGCUUUGGGAAUUCAGUGGGAAGAUGGUUGAGGAGGCGGAGAAGGAAGGCGCUGUUAUUCGGGCGCUGGAGAAGAAGGGUAUGGAGGCUGAGAAGGCUGAGCAGGAGAAGAAGGAGAAGAAAGAGAAAGCUGGGAAGAAGACCGAGGGGUCGAGGAGGAGUCGGAAGGGUCAGAAUAAGUAG